AUGGCUUCACGUAAUGUUAAUUCCUCGACCACAGUUGCUGAUGAUGUUAAUUCAUCAACAAUAGCUGUUGGUGAUGUUAAUUCAGUAAUAAAAAUAAGUGAUAAUAGUAAUUCAUUGAUCACGGCUAAUGAUGAUGAUAAUUUAUGGUGCGAUGUGAAUGUUAUGUAUGAGUCAAACUAUGUUUCAAUGACUUACGAACGAACGACAUAUGAUCCAACGACAAGUGAACAAGAUCAAAUCAAAGAAUAUAGCCCAUGUGAUAAAAACCGGCGAUUAACCGUUGGUUCUGAUAAAUACUGUGGUUUAUCGCUAAAAAUUGUCCGGUAUUUACGAUAUGAGAGAUCAACUAGUCCAUCUGCGUGUGAACUUGAAAAAGAAUUAGAUCAAGCAAAAGACAAAAUGCGUAAAUUGAAGGAAAAAAAAACAAGAGGACGAAUAAGACAAAGAAAAUAUUUUCCAUUAACAAUGACAUUAUGCAGUUAA